AUCAUCUGGUAUUACUACUCCGUUAUCAUCUUUUUACACCUUUUCCUCAUUUCCCACACUUUUUAGAAAUAUCUUAUAUUCUUCUUUCUUUCUCUUUAAAAAAAAAAAUGGAAUCUGAUACUUUUAAUAAUAAAAAAACUUUAUCUCCAUCUGAUACUUUAUUUACUUUAUUAGAAAAACACGCUAAAGAAUUUGAAACUUUUGGAAAACGAAUGAGUUUGGAUGUUCAAAAUUAUUAUAAAUGUUUUACUAAAAAUCAUGAUAUUUCUAAACCUUCCGAGUUGGAUAUAAUUUUAGUAAAACAACAACGUCAACUUGAUUUUCAAUCUCGUUUAAUAGAUUCUCUAAAAUCACGUAUUGAGGAAUUGGAAAUUAAUUCUACUAAAAAGGACCUUGAAAUUCAUGGACUUAAAAAUGAUUUUUUUGAUUUUAAAAAAGAAAUUAAAUUACUUUUUGGUCUUGAAAGUCCUUUACAAUCUUUUGAUCUUAAGAAAAAUAUUUCUUUAUUUGAAGAAAAUGAUAGUGAUGAUUUUGAAUUUAUUCUUAAAGAUUCUGAUUCAAAACAAUUACCUACUUCUAAUAAUAUUAUUAAUAAAUCUUCUACUACUGAAAAUAUUUGGUCAAAUGAAAGAUUAAUUGCUGAUAAUAUUCAGUCAAAUGAAAUUGAUAUUAAAAAAGAAAGAUUAAUCUUUAAAAAUAUUCAACCAAAAACUCUUUAUGGUGUCAACGAUGUAUUACCAAUCCCUUCAACUGAUCAAAUUAUAGAGAAAAAGGAUUCUACUAUCGUUGAAAAUAAAAAAACUUCAAUUUUUGGAUCAGUAUUAUUUGAUGAAUAUUUUUAUAAUCAUUCAACAUUUAGGAAUUAUGGUGAAUCUUCUACUUCUGUGAAAUCAUCUUUCUCAAAUAAUAAUAAAUACAAUACUAAUGAACGUAGAGUGAUCGAGACUAAUGAUCAAGAUAAAGAGAAAUCAUCAUCAUCAUCAUCAUCAUCAUCAUCGUCAUCAUCAUCGUCUUCUUCAUCAUCAUCUUCAUCCGCUUUAUUUAAAGGAAAGAGUAAAGAUUCUGAUUCAAAGGAAGUAUCUACCGAAGAAUCCUUAUCUGAUCAUCAAGUAGAUGAUGAAUUAGAAGAAGAUAUUAAAUACAAUCCUUCACAACGCUCUUUUCAAGAUUCUAAUAAUAAUUUGAAUCAAAAACUUAGAGAUUUAUUACUUGAUCUUAAAUCGACUGAAUUUGGAUCGAAAGAAUUAAAUAUUAAAAAUGAUAAAUUGAAUGAGGAUUUCAAUUAUGUUACACAACCCUCCACCCCAAUACCAAAAGAUAAUAUUUCUUGUUUACCUCCUAUUUCAAUCAAACCUCAUUCAUCUAUUUCCACUUCAUCUUCACAAAAUAAAUCAUCACUUCAAGGGUCACAGAGGGCUCCUUCCGUAAUUGAACGAAUUCAAGCUGAAGUUCAAUAUACUAUUGCUCAUUUCCAAGAGCAAAAUGCAAGAAUUAAGCAAAAGACUUUUAAUUAUCUCUUGAAUCAAUUUUCUCUUGAUGGUUUGAUUAAGUAUCAAGAAACGAAUUAUUAUAAUUCGUUAUCGAGGGACCCUAAAAGAUCCAUUAAAUUGAUGGUGAAAACAGCUUUAAGAAGUGAAUUAUGCAACAGGGAUAAACGUGUUACCCAACCUAUUGAAGAAUACGUCAAAAGAAAGAUAAUUCCUUCUUUACCAUCUGGAAUUAGAAGUUAUGCUGAUUACGAGAAGACUAAUUAUUUCUCAAAAUUAUCUGAUGAGAAAAAGAAGAGAAUUAGAAAGAUUAUUACAGUUGAACCUAAGAAAUAAUUUGGUUAAUGUAAUAAUGCAGUAUGUGGGAAUGAUUCUUAUAAAUGUUUUUUUUUUUUUUAAGUGUCUUUUUUUUUAAAAAAAAAGGUAAAGGGGAUAUCGAAAUAUUAUUAACCAAAAAAUUUUUUUUUUUUUUU